AUGGAAUCAUAUGGUGGUAAAUGUCCGGAAAUUGACUGGACCAGCCCAGCCCUAGAUGAUGCAUGGAAGAGAUUUAAGGAACAUGUAGAACUGAUGUUCUCCGGUCCAUUAAAAGACCAGGACGAAGAGGUCAAGAUCUCGUACUUGAAGAUCUGGAUAAACCCGUCUGGUAGAGACAUAUUGAACACGUUUGAGUAUGCACAAGGCGACGACAAGAAAAAACUGAAAACGUACUACGACAAUUUUGCAACGUAUGUCAAGCCAAAAUCAAACCAGGUGCUGGCGAGAUACAAAUUCCACAACCGAACCCAAGGCCCGAAUGAGCCAGUGGAACAGUUUAUUAGAGCAUUAAUCAAUCUAGCGAAAGAUUGUAAUUUCAAGGAUACCAACGAAAUGGUAUUAGACCGGUUAGUGUUCGGGACCAACUCAAACGAAGUUAGGAAGAAACUGAUCGGCAAAGGGUCUGAACUGACGUUGGAUGAGGCCAUACGGGUGGCCAGGACCUAUGAGUCCGACCAAUCAACUUUGAAAUCGAUCGCCCAACCAGUUCCCAGCAACGACGUGCAUGGAGUGCAGACCCAACACAGGACACCCUACGUCCCGCCCAGACCUUUCAGAAAAACUAGAGCAACGGGGGGUGGCGGGAGAGGAAAGCCCAGGUACACGAGGUCAACCAACGCAUGUGGAAGAUGUGGCAAAGGCCACAACACAGCAGACAAGUGUCCUGCAAACGGAAAAGAAUGCAGAAAGUGCGGAAAAAAGAACCACUUUGCUGCAGUGUGCCGAUCGAAGAGUGUGAGCGAAGUCAGGUCUCCAGAGGAAGAAUUCCAAGACUUCCACAUAGAGGCGGUACACAAGAAGAAAGUUGAGGGAGACCAGGCUUUCGUCGACCUACACAUCGCCGGAGCCAGCGAAAGCCUCAAGUGCAAGUUGGAUACGGGAGCGCAGGUAAAUGUGCUACCCGAAAGGGACUGGAUCAAGCUGAGGAGCAGAAACUCCAGUCUUGAACCGACAAAAACUCGUUUGUUUGGCUACGGAAACACUCCUUUAGAAGUAAAAGGAAAGUGCAGCCUACGAUGCAACUACAAGGGAAGAUCCGGAACGCUGGAUUUCUUUGUGGUAAAGGCCAAUGCGACUCCGGUCCUGAGUUUAAAGGCAUGUCUGUCCCUAAAACUGAUCCAGCUGGUACUCACCGUUAAGUCAAGCGAGACAGCGGAAAGCAUCAAGCAAGAGUACAGCGACGUGUUCCAGGGGAUAGGACGACUCCCUGGCGAAUACAGAAUCAAAGUGGACCCAAACGUAGAACCGGUAGUCCACGCACCGAGGAAGUUCCCAGUAUCACUGAGGGAGCCUUUGAAGAAAGAACUUGAUCGUAUGGAAUCUCUAGGGGUCAUACAGAAGGUAGAUGAACCCACCGAAUGGGUAAACUCACUAGUUGUAGUAGAGAAGCCCAAGACAGGGAAGUUGAGGAUAUGUCUAGAUCCGCGGGAUCUCAACAAGGCUAUAAAGCGCGAACACUACCAGCUUCCAACGCUGGAGGACAUCUCCACGCGUCUCGCAGGGUCGAAGUACUUUGCCGUGGUAGAUGCGAGAUCUGGAUAUUGGCAGAUCUGUUUGGACGAAGAGAGCUCCAAGCUGACCACUUUCAACACGGCAUUCGGACGGUACUGCUUCACACGUCUUCCUUUUGGCGUCCAUUCGGCGCAGGAAGUUUUCCAGAAGAAGAUGGACAGCAUCUUCGGAGGUCUCGAGGGUGUUGAGGUAAUCGUGGAUGACGUACUGGUCCAUGGCCCAACGGAAGAGGAGCUAAAUAGGCGCUUCCGGAACAUGCUACAGCGAGCAAGAGAAUGCAACGUAAAGUUGAAUGAAGAGAAGUGCGUACUGGCGGCACAAGAAGUAGGUUUCUUUGGUCAUAUUCUGACAGGGGAUGGGUUAAAACCGGACCCCAAGAAGGUGAAUGCAAUCACCAACAUGAAGAGCCCCACCAGUAAGGCUGAACUAAUGACAAUGCUUGGUAUGAUCACAUACCUAGCAAAAUUCAUCCCAAACCUGUCGGAUGUCACCGCUCCAAUGAGAGAGCUGCUAAAAGAAGACGUCGAAUUCGUCUGGGACAGCAGCAGGGAGGCAUCACUGGAUAAAGUGAAGAAGUUAGUGGCGGAGGCCACUACACUGACGUACUACGACCCCACACUACAGGUGAACCUACAGGUGGACGCAUCCAAGUAUGGACUUGGAGCAGUCUUGAUGCAGGAAGGAAAACCAGUCGCAUUCGCGUCAAAGUCACUAAACAAUACGGAGAUAAACUACGCACAGAUCGAGAAAGAAUUGUACGCCAUAGCGUUUGGAAAGUGA